GGAGCCUUAUGCCGGUGCUGCUUGCAGGGCCCGCCCGCACAGCUCUGGGCGGUGCUGGGGUAAGCGGGCGGGUGCUUAGACGGCCGUUUCCUGUCCUGGUGCAUGGUGGUCGGACGGAGGAAUUGUUGGAAAAUUUCUCGGCGAGGUAGACAAUGUUAUUAGCCCAGAUAAAUCGUGACUCUCAGGGAAUGACGGAGUUUUCUGGAGGAGGGAUGGAGGCUCAGCAUGUAACUCUCUGUUUGACCGAAGCUGUAGCUGUGCAAGAUGGAGAUAAUUUAGACAACAUGGAAGGAGUAAGCUUACAAGCAGUUACACUUUCUGAUGGUUCUACUGCCUACAUACAACAUAAUUCUAAAGAUGGCAAAUUAAUGGAUGGUCAGGUGAUUCAGUUGGAAGAUGGUUCAGCUGCUUACGUCCAACAUGUUCCUAUGUCUAAGAGUAAUACAGGAGAUAGUCUUCGUCUAGAAGAUGGACAGGCAGUUCAGCUUGAAGAUGGAACAACAGCUUUCAUUCAUCACAGUUCAAAAGACAGUUAUGACCAGAGCGCGCUACAGGCAGUACAGCUGGAAGAUGGGACCACAGCUUACAUUCACCAUACAGUGCAAGUACCUCAGUCUGAUACCAUCUUAGCAAUUCAGGCUGAUGGUACAGUGGCAGGUCUUCAUACAGGAGAUGCUACCAUCGAUCCAGAUACCAUCACUGCUUUGGAACAAUAUGCUGCCAAGGUGUCUAUUGAUGGCAGUGACAAUGUUAGCAGCACUGGGCUGAUAGCUGACAGUGAACAAGAUAAAAAAAUGCAGAUUGUCUUGCAAAGCCAUAGCACAAGAGUUACAACUAAAUCACAGCCAAGUGGAGACAAGGCUUUUCGUUGUGACUAUGAUGGCUGUGGAAAACUAUACACCACUGCUCAUCAUCUCAAGGUACAUGAAAGGUCACACACAGGAGAUAGACCAUAUCAGUGUGAACAUCCAGGUUGUGGCAAAGCGUUUGCAACAGGUUAUGGCCUAAAAAGCCAUGUCCGAACCCACACUGGAGAGAAGCCAUAUCGGUGUUCAGAAGAGAACUGCACAAAAUCCUUCAAAACAUCAGGAGACCUACAGAAACACAUCAGAACACACACAGGGGAAAGACCUUUCAAGUGCCCCUUUGAAGGAUGUGGUAGGUCAUUCACAACAUCUAAUAUUAGAAAGGUUCACAUCAGAACGCACACAGGGGAAAGACCCUAUUAUUGUACAGAGCCAGGAUGUGGAAGAGCAUUUGCCAGUGCAACUAAUUACAAGAACCAUGUGAGAAUACAUACAGGGGAGAAGCCAUACGUAUGUACAGUCCCUGGCUGUGAUAAACGGUUUACAGAAUAUUCCAGUCUAUAUAAACACCAUGUUGUACAUACGCAUUCCAAGCCUUAUAACUGUAAUCACUGUGGGAAAACAUACAAACAGAUUUCCACACUUGCAAUGCACAAGCGGACAGCACACAAUGACACAGAGCCAAUUGAGGAGGAACAAGAAGCUUUUUUUGAGCCACCUCCAGGUCAAGGUGAAGAUGUUCUCAAAGGAUCUCAGAUUACCUAUGUAACAGGUGUAGAAGGAGAGGAUGUCGUUUCUGCACAAGUUGCUACAGUAACUCAGACAGGGCUGAGUCAGCAAGUGGCACUUAUUUCCCAAGAUGGAACUCAGCAUGUUAACAUAUCUCAGGCUGAUAUGCAGGCCAUUGGCAAUACCAUCACUAUGGUAACACAAGAUGGCACCACCAUCACAGUUCCUGCCCACGAUGCAGUUAUUUCUUCAGCAGGGACACAUUCUGUCGCAAUGGUCACAGCAGAGGGCACAGAAGGACAGCAGGUUGCCAUUGUGGCUCAAGAUUUAGCAGCAUUCCACAGUGCUUCACCAGAGAUUGGACAUCAGCAGCAUGGCCAUCACUUAGUCACUGCAGAAUCUAGACCUGUUACAUUGCUGGCUACAUCCAAUGGGACACAAAUUGCAGUGCAGCUUGGAGAACAGCAGUCUUUGGAAGAAGCAAUUAGAAUAGCUUCCAGAAUACAACAAGGUGAAACUCCAGGGAUUGAUGAUUAACUUCUAACACAACUAAAGGAACAAUAGAAUUAAUAAUAUUUUGUUUUCAAUCAACAAAGGUCCAUGCCAGCUGAAAUCUAUAAAAAGUUUGACAUGUUCUUGCUCACUACUAUUCUGCACACAUUUUAGGAGAGAGUGAAGAACACUUCAUGUGUAUAAUGUUUCUGUACAUGAACCUUGGAAAUAGUUGAAUACCACCUCUUAGACUCAUUAUCUAUCCAGGACAAUGGGAUUAGGAUUUCCUAUUACAGUCCUUGCUUAUACUUGCAUCAGAUUUCAGGCCAGAUUUCAGGCAAGAAGCAACUACUAUAGAAAUACUGGAAUGAAUUUUAAAGUCACACAAAACAAUGAAGGCAUUACCGAAGAUUUCAAAUGUUAAACCAUUACAACAAUCAUCAUUUCAAAAAUGCUUUGGAAGCAAACAAUUUUAAUUGUUUCUCGUAUACAGAAGAGUUCUGAAUUUUGAGACCUUUGUAAAUAUUACGUUUUGAAUUGUGUUUCAUACACAAGUUGGAAAUUCAUCUUCUUUAACGCUCCCUUCCCAUCUCACUGAUUGUAAAUACAGACGGUUCAUGCUGGAAGUGCUAAUUAUAUUAUCUUUGAAUUGGAUUAUGUACAAAAUAGAAGCUUUGGUUGUUCAAUAUUAAAGGAAGUAAAUCUAAUGUUUCUGUUUCUUUGCAUAUUUUACUUACUUUUAAAAUGUUAACUUCAAAUUAUGUUGCAAUAAAGUAUAACAAGAUUAUGUAUUAACCUAGCUAGAAUGACACUGUGUGAAGUAGUUCUUUCCUUUUUAAAGAGCUUGAACAGAAAGUUACUUCUUAUCAAAUAUCAACUAUUCCAAAGUUCCUUUAUUGUAAACUUCAAUAUAUGUAUUGUCAAUUAAUACAAUUAAUAACUAUAAUUUAGCAACUAUUGGUUAUAUAAUACAUUUUGCAAAGAAUUGUUUCUGGAGAAAGCAUUUUUGGCAGGAUAUAUCUAAAGGAGCAAGGCCUUCCAAUUUCUUACUAUCUCUUAAAAGAUUUGUAGGUUUUCAGCACUUCUAAAAAUUAGCCUACAUGUCACUUCAAUCAAAUGGCUGAUUGUGUUAGCUGUUGCUCCAAUACGUAAAGAUUAAUGGCACAGCUAUAUCACACAAUGGCAGUUAAGAGUGAGGAGAGAAUAGAUUCUCCCCUAGUCCCUUUGAACAGCAUCGUUUGGGCCUGUUUAGUACAAAAGAGCCACAGAAGCCAAUGUAGACAUGCAGUGGAAAAAUAUUAAUGUAACAAAGAGCUAGGAGUUUCCCAUGAAGUAGAGCAUGCACACCAGAAACUUUAUUGGAAUCCUCAUGCAGUGCCAGUCAAGAGGUUGUGCCACUAUAAAUUAUCUUUUUUUAGAUUGUGAGCCCUUUGGGGACAGGGAUCCAUCUUUAUUGAUUUAUUGAGAUCUAUGUAAACCGCUUUGGGAACUUUUGUUGAAAAGUGGUAUAUAAAUAUUUGUCGUCUUUGUAUAAAUUAUAUAGGAUUUGCUUCCCAA